UCCUUCUUUUCUUUGUAUAUCAUGGCAGAUAAUAUUGUGUGUGUAGAUUAUUUGGCACAUGAAUGGUCAUGUAAAGACCUUAUUCAAGUCUAUCAAGAACUCAAGAAACAAAAAUCAAAGACUUUAUUUAAUUUAAUUGCUUGUGAAAAUACGCCUAAAAAGCAAAAGAAAUUAAGGACAGAGCAGCAAAGACAGAUCCGAUAUCAAAAUGCUAUAUGGAGACAUAUGGCAAAGACAUGCACAAACAAACUGAGUGCUUCUAAUACACUUGUUCAUCCUUCCUCUGUGAAUUGGCAAAAAGAGGCAGAUAUCACUUGGUUAUACGGACCUUUAUAUGUAUCGCCUGAUCAUUCGGAUUUUUUAACGACAACACAUAUCUCAACCAUGCCCAACUUAAGGCCUGCAUUAAAAAAGACGGCCAGCACAAGUAAACAUGCUAUCCUAUUAGAAUUAACAAGCCAUUAUCAUCCGCGCUAUUGGUCCAAGACCGUGUCAGAAUCAGGCAAACAGCAUAGUGUGCGAUUUCAUCCAGAUAUUACAGAGGUCAGUUUUCUUCCUGAAACACCUACGCAGGAAAUUUCUGCUUUUCUUGCCAUGCAGCAUGAAGAAGAACACGAAGACGAGGCUGAACCAUUUUGGCCAAUCAUGAAGCAAGUAGGUUCUUAUCUUGGUUCAAACCUGCUACAGAACUACCAACAACAAUAUACAAAUAUUACACAAUUUUGUAUGUCAAUGACAACUUUUUUAUAUACAACACUUUUCAUGUUAGUGUUUGGUCGACAAAAAAAAGAAGAAAAAAUAAGAUUUUCCUAGUAUGAAAAGUUCAAUAAAACUUGAUCAACUUCAAAAACCAGCUAGGCUUUUUGUUAUCAUGGUCUAUCAAUGCUGAGUUAUCAUUAUGACCCAUGGGCUUAUUGUGAGACAAUGCCUUAAAAAAUAUUAUCCCUUCCUUUUUUACCCGAAAAAGGGUUACUUUUUAUACACGUCUGCACGUCCUUUUGUUUAUCUCCUGUGACUCUUCUUUUCUGUGCUACUUUUAUGCACAUAGAAUCAAUACACUAUCUUAUUCAUCGCCCAAUCAAAUCCAAAAAGAGUUUUGUGACCAAGUUUUUUUAUUUUAUUUUU